GAUAUCGGUACAGUAAAUACAGAUAGGUUACCUAAAGAUUGUUUCGUCGUGUAUCAAGGUCAUCAUGGUGAUCACGGUGCGCAUAUGGCUGACGUUAUAUUACCGGCUGCCGCCUACACUGAAAAGGUGGCAACAUAUGUGAAUACUGAAGGAAGGGCGCAGCAAACAAGGCGUGCUGUAUCUCCUCCUGGUCUUGCCAGAGAUGACUGGAAGAUAAUAAGAGCACUUUCAGAGAUAUGUGGAGAUCCAUUACCGUAUGACACACUAAAUGAUAUGCGAAGUCGAAUGACCGAAGUUGCUCCGAACCUCACCCGAUAUGGCGAUGUGGAAGAGGCAAACUAUUUUUCACUCACUAAAGAACUACUAAAGGGUAAUAAACCAUCAGAUAAAGCUCUUAUUCCUCCUAUCCUAAAUUUGGAAGAUUUCUACAUGACCGACCCCAUCAGUCGUGCCUCUCAGACGAUGGCAAAAUGUUCAAAAGCAGUGAAAACAAUGGCUUAAUUACGGCGAAAUACAAUAUCCUUAAUUGCCUCCAAGUUUGCCCAAAUGAUCAACGCCGGCGAACGAGUUGAACAAUAGAAGGUUCGCCAUUCAUGCUGUUACCGGUGGUUAAAGUUUGCGAACAUUUUCUCUGUUUGUAUAUUUCUAUUUAAUAUGUUCAGACUCACGACAAUUUUAUACCUAAAAAUUAAUGAUGUAUCUAUGAAUGUGUUAAAAUAAAGUUUAAAUUCUAUAUA